AAAGUGCUAGGUGAAGAGGGUUUUUCUUCUCCUUCGGCCGCGGAAACUACAGAGGGUAGCUGGCGAGGGUGGUCUGGAAAGGCGGUAGCUGGUGUGUUGGUGGUCCCAGAACCUCUCGUAAACCAGAUGGAGUUUCGCUCUUGUUACCCAGACUGGAGUGCAAUGGUGUGGUCUCUGCUCACCACAACCUCCGCCUCCCGGAUUCAAGCAAUUCUCCUGCCUCAGCCUCCCGAGUAGCUGGGACUACAGAGAUAAAAGAGGAUUAGAAAGUAAAAGAAAAUGCUGGGAACUGACCGUUGUGUGGUGGAAGAAUGGUUAUCAGAAUUCAAGGCAUUACCUGACACUCAGAUCACCAGUUAUGCAGCAACUUUACACCGGAAAAAAACACUUGUACCAGCCCUCUAUAAAGUUAUUCAGGAUUCGAAUAAUGAGCUCCUGGAGCCUGUCUGCCAUCAGCUGUUUGAGCUCUAUCGUAGCUCAGAGGUUCGACUUAAGAGGUUCACACUGCAGUUCUUGCCAGAAUUGAUGUGGGUUUAUUUACGGCUUACAGUUAGCCGAGACAGACAGAGUAAUGGUUGCAUUGAAGCACUUCUGUUAGGAAUAUACAAUUUGGAAAUUGCUGAUAAAGAUGGGAACAAUAAAGUUCUGUCUUUCACUAUCCCCUCCUUAUCCAAGCCUUCAAUAUACCAUGAACCUUCAACAAUUGGAUCCAUGGCUUUGACAGAAGGGGCAUUGUGUCAGCAUGAUCUCAUCAGAGUUGUUUAUAGUGAUCUUCAUCCUCAGAGGGAAACAUUCACGGCACAGAACCGGUUUGAAGUCCUGAGUUUUCUCAUGCUGUGUUAUAAUUCUGCUAUUGUAUAUAUGCCUGCCUCAUCUUAUCAAUCUCUUUGUCGGAUGGGUUCCAGGGUUUGUGUGAGUGGGUUUCCACGGCAACAUGAAAAACAUUGGAAAGAACUCUGUGGUCGAAUAGUAUUGGAUCCUGAAUUUAUGGUGCAGCUUCUCACAGGGGUGUAUUAUGCCAUGUAUAAUGGACAGUGGGACCUUGGCCAGGAAGUUCUUGAUGAUAUCAUUUAUAGAGCCCAGCUAGAGCUUUUUUCUCAACCACUAUUGGUUGCCAAUGCCAUGAAAAACUCAUUACCAUUUGAUGCUCCUGAUUCUACACAAGAAGGCCAGAAAGUCCUUAAAGUUGAAGUCACUCCAACAGUGCCGAGGAUUUCUCGGACUGCAAUUACAACAGCUUCAAUCCGUCGUCAUAGAUGGAGAAGAGAAGGUGCUGAGGGUGUAAAUGGAGGAGAGGAGUCUGUAAACCUGAAUGAUGCAGAUGAAGGAUUUUCAUCAGGGGCUUCCCUCAGCAGUCAGCCAAUUGGGACCAAACCAUCCUCCUCUUCUCAGAGGGGAAGCUUAAGGAAAGUAGCAACUGGGCGUUCAGCCAAGGAUAAAGAAACAGCCUCUGCCAUCAAAUCCAGUGAGAGCCCUCGAGAUUCAGUAGUUCGCAAGCAGUAUGUACAGCAACCAACUGAUCUUAGUGUAGAUUCAGUUGAGCUGACACCAAUGAAGAAACACCUGAGCCUGCCUGCUGGCCAGGUGGUGCCAAAAACCAAUAGCUUAAGUCUAAUCCGGACAGCCAGUGCUUCCUCAAGUAAAUCAUUUGACUAUGUAAAUGGCAGUCAAGCAAGUACCAGCAUUGGGGUUGGCACUGAGGGAGGUACUAAUUUAGCAGCUAACAAUGCUAAUCGAUACUCAACUGUCAGUCUGCAGGAAGACCGGCUAGGUCAAGCUGGCGAAGGUAAAGAGCUUCUCAGCCCAGGAGCCCCCUUAACCAAGCAGUCUCGAUCCCCAAGUUUCAAUAUGCAGCUAAUAUCCCAGGUGUAGUUUUGACAUCCUCCCUCAUCUUUCUGCUUACCUUUUAAACUGAACAUUUCAUUGUGCAAGAAGACACUUCAUCCCACAUUGUGAAAAUACUGGUCACUGUUAUCAGAUUUCAUUUAGUUUAGGUAUCUUCAUACUGUAUUUUGUAUCAAAACAGCAAUAAGGUUUUCUUUAUCCCUCUUUCCUACAUCUUCACGUAUUCCUUGUAAAUGUGUUUGUGAAGCAGUAUAAAAUGUUUGCCUUUUCCAUGCCUUCCUUUCUCCUUGGGUGAUGUGCAAUCCAUCGUAGGCUGAUCGGUCCCAUUUCAACACUGUGAGACUGAGGAUACGUUAGAGGAAAUGGUGUAUAUGAUCCCUAUGAAACGAUUCUUUGGCUUUUGUUUAAAAACAAAACAAAACGGGUUUGUUCUCAUAAUCUAGAGAACUAUGAAGAUUACUGGAUCAUAUUUUUUUCUCUUAACCAGGAGUGCCUCAGAGAUUCUGCUAUGACUUUGGACUUCUCUGAGUCUGUGCAAUCAUUUUCUGGAGAAGCAUGGGGAAAGGUGGUAGACUGCUGCACUUUUUCAUUAAAAUGAGGGUAGCUCUUUCUCCACCCCCCAUCUCGUUUAUCCCGAAGACAUAAAUGUUCAAUUAUGGAGGCAUUUAAAUCAAGUUGUGACCACCUCCAUUGGAGGACAGGGCUCUAAGUUGAUUGUGUAAUUGAUAAUGCACUUUCUCAAUGGCUCUAUAGUCAUUAUUAACAUGUCUUCCCUCUUCCCCACAAGGACAUAUAAGGUCAUUUCUGUCCUUCAAGUUUGGCCAACUAACAAAUCAGAUUCUGAGGGGCAUGUUCUAUUUCCCAGGAAUGAUUGACACUUUGGUGCUGGGGUUUUGUGGGGGGAGGGGUGGUUUUUGUUUAGCUUGUGUGGAGAUUGUGUGUGUGAGAGGAGAUUUUGAUUCUUCUUUUUUUUCUUUUCCUUUGUGAGCUGAUGGCUGAAGUAUAACAGUACAUCUUCAGGUAAAGAGAGGGAUUUCUCAAUCUACUUUCUGUUAUGUCAGACUAUAAGAGAAACCCUUUCAGCUGCUUUCUAGAUGUACCUAAAUUCAGUCAGGUAUUUUGGAUUAAGAAACCUAAAGUCCUGAUACAUUACAUACUCCAAGGAAAUAUAUCAGGGACAGACAAUUGGCUGAAAACACUGAUACUUCAAUGUGACACAUUUUUAUAGAACAUUUCUACCAGGGGGUACUGACCUUGAUUUCUCCUAUAAGGACCACACUGCCUUUGUGUUUAAUGUAAUGCAAUUUGUGUACCUUCUAAUCAUAUAUCUGCAGUUUCUCAUUUUUAUAAAACUUUGAAAUCAUGCCAGUAAGCUAGAUGUUGAAUGUAUGUAAGUAGCAUUUGGUAACUGCUAAGAGGUUACAAAAACAUUAUUGGUAAAAAAAAUUUUCUUAGUUCUGAUCUGGUUGGAUAAGAUUUUAUCAUAACCUCUUCUGGGUCUCAGGCUCUGAUGUUUGAAAAAGAAGGGAGGAAUAUAUUGGGUUUUAAAAAAUCAGUGUAUUGUGACUUAAACUGUUAUAAGUUAUCCUUCCACAGAAUACAUCAGAGCUAUUAGUGCUUUGUACAUUUAGAUGUUUUUACUUGAUUAUUGUUUAAAAAAAAUACUGAAUUUAUAGAAAGCAAGUAUUCUCCUAAUUAACAAAAGUUAAAAUUUUAUCCCUACCAUUAAAAUUACAAUAGAUUUUGAUAAAUAACAGAAAAAAAUGGUUUUUUUUUCACACCUAGCAAUGCUCCCGUUUUUAUUGUAAGAACUUUCUUUUCUCCCUAAGAGACUUUCUGUUAGACUCUUUAUAUAUGAGAUGCUUGUUUGAAUUUGGUAGUCUGUAACAUUUUCCAGCUCAUGUGAAAAUGGAAAACUAGAACCUGAACUAGUAUCUACAACAUUGCCAAAGUCCGGGGUAAAGCUAAAAGUUGAUAAAUAGACAAUUUAUUGAUUUAUGUGUGUCUGUGUGUGUGUGUAUAUAUAUAUAUGGUGUGUAUAUGUAUAUAUCACAAAGUUGUAUUUUAAAUAUCCUUUCUUUUAAUUUAAGGGAUGUCAAAUAAAUGAAAGGAGUUUAAAAAUAGCCAAAAUAAAUGAGCUGUAAAGGUCUAUAACAUACUAAAAAAGGCAGUUUCAGGUAUGUAAGGAAAGGAGCAUUAUACUCACCUAGAAAGUGAGAUCU